AUGGGUGGCUCAGUGUACUAUGACUGCAACUCAUCGUUUGAAUCUUUUGCAGCCAAAGAACCAAGCUCGUUAACUACGGCUGCGGCAACAAUUCAAACUACAAAACUGAAUUAUCUAUUAGACUUUCCUAAAUACAUGCCACCACAUUUGGAUGCGUUGAUAUUCUUUGAUAUGCUACAAAUGAGUACUAAUCAUCGAAUGGAUAUAGAGGAACCACAGCUUCCAAAGGUUAGAACCAACACAAAUAUGGCUACUUAUGCUCAUAAAUUGUUCAUGUACAAAUUCAGAUUAUGUAAUGCUUACAAUGCCGUACGUAGGCCUAGAGACCCCUCAAAGGAUGGUGUAUAUAGGUCUGGGUUCCCCAUGCCAAUCAACUAUGAGUUCUUGGAACAACUCGGAUUGAAGACCAUAAUAUAUUUAGGGGACUUGGGAUUAGAAAAGAAGAAGAAGAAGAAGAAGAAAGAUAAAGAGAAAAGUGAAGAUAAAGAUAAAGAAAAGAAAAAGAGUGACAAACAUGGAAGUCUUGAAAUCUUUGAAAAUUAUAAUAAAUGGAUAGCGACAACAGACAUUAAAUUCCAUCAUCUAACUAUAGAAUCGUUUCAAGAACCUUUUAACAACCCACAACAAAUUCUUCAAGCAUAUGACAGUUAUACAAAGGCAUUACAAUUGAUUUCUGAUCGAGAUAACUUCCCUAUAUUGAUCCAUUCCAAUAAGGGGAAACAUAGAAUAGGUGUGUUGGUUGGACUAAUGAGAAAGUCUCUUCAAGGUUGGUGUAUGAGUGGUAUAUUUGAAGAAUAUGAGAAGUUUGCAAUGGGGAAGUCAGAAUAUGAUUUAGAAUUUAUUGAACUAUGGCAACCAGAGCUUUACAUUAGUCUUGAUCGAAAACCUGAUUUUGUUAGAAUAUAA